UUCAAAAUCGAAAAAGAGCGCGACCGGCGCAGCCGCAGUUUGAUGAGUGAAGCGACGCUCUUCGGUUGGCUUUCUGAACAACGCACACUCGCGCAGCGUCAGUGAGUUAAAAUCUGUGUUGGAAGGGAGAUAAAGGGAUGGAAAAUGUGUACGCCGAGUUGGACGAUGCCAGAGCGGAGGUGGAGAAGCUCAAGGCCGAAUGUCGACUCAAAGCUCAAAUCUUUGAGGGUUUGAAGCAAGAUCGCGCACAAGAAUUUCUCAAAUUUCAAGAAUCUAGGAAGCGGGUUGAGGAACAGGCACGCGAGCUUGAUCUCAAGUCCGAGGAGAUCCAUGAGCUGAAGAAAGUUCUAGAAGAAUUGAAGUCUAGUUUGCAUGAAAAGGAAGCACACGUGGAGCGUUUGAGUUCGGAGAAUAAAAGGAUCCAAACAAGUUCUGCUGAUAGGUUGGUGAAAUUGGAGGAGAGUAAUAGAGAGCUGGUGUUGGCUUUGGAUGAGUUAAGAUUAAGAAAUGAAUCUCUGGAGCAGAAUGCCUGUGCCAGUAGUCAGGAAAUUUUGAGUCUUAGGGCAUUCUUGUUGGCCGCGGAGAAGAAGUGUUCAGAAGCGGAGGAAAAAGUGCAGCAUGGUAUAAUGUUGAAAGGGAGAGAUGGUGUGAUACUGCAAUUGGAGGAAGAGAAUAUAAGAAUGCAAGAUAAGAUUAAAUGGAGGAAUGAACAGUUUAAGCAUCUUGAAGAAGCUCACGAAAAGCUUCAAGUUGAGUUCCGAUUGUGCAAGGAGGAGUGGGAGAAGGAGAGAACUGCAUUGCUCGAGGAAAUGUCUUCCUUGCAAGUUAGGUUGGAUUCUCAGACAAGAAAUGUGGAGGGGUUGCAAUCCCGUUUGGAGAUGUGUAACCAUGCAUUGGCUCAUGAAGAGAGCAAGAGAAAACUCCUGGAGGCUGAAAUAUCCGAGUUUAAGACUAGUUUUGAAAAUGUUUAUGCUCAGUGUGAGAAGAAGAAUUCAGAGAUUCAACAAUUAAGCAUUCUGAGAAAUGACGAGAUAGCACAGCUGAGAAACUCACUAGGGGAGAAAGAGAUGGUGGUGAGAGAACUGGAUCAUAAAAUUGUUCAACUUGAACAUGAUAAUAAGGAAUUGGGAGAUUUACUUAAAGAACUCAGGGAAGCUCAGAUCAAUAAUGGUGGUGCAAAUUCUCUGACAUCAAAGCUCCGUAACAAGCUUAGACGGUUGGAAGAUGUGCAUAAAAGCUGUGCGUCAAUUCUCAGGUCUAAAGAAUCUCAAUGGAGUGAUCAAUUGACAAAGAUGGAAGCAGAUAUUGCUACAUAUAAGUCUGUAUUGACCAAUAAAGAACAGGAAAUAUGGAGUCUUCAGGUGGAACUGGAAAAUUGCUAUUGUACCGUUGAAGAGAAUCGUAUGGGACUCUUGAUCUUUAAAUCAGAACUGGUUGAGGCUUACUCCAAAUCAUUCAGUGCAGACUCUGAGAAAGCAUCAUUUGAUGUCAAAGGGAAUGAAAAUAGGAUUCUAAUUUCUAUAGAGCAAUUGAAAGUGGAAGACAAUCCUCCGAAAAGUAUGGCACUACAACAUUCUCGGCUGGUGGAAGAGCUUGAACAAAACAAGAAAAAGCUUGAGGAAUCAUCUGAGGGUGAGGUCAUGUUGUUAGAGCAACUAAUGCAGAUGGAAUACACACAACAAUAUGAAAGAAGUGCUGCUUUUGAGGCUCUAGAAAGGCUGGAGCUUGAAAUAACCUGUAAAAAUGAUGAAAUAUCUCGAUUACAUUAUGAAGUACAGGAUUGGAAGUCUGCGACUGCAACCCUUAAAGUUUCCUAUGAAGAAAUUCAGGGAACUAUUAAAGUAAUGGAAACUUCCCUGGAAUCAAAAGUGGAGAAUGAAGAAGCCCUUAAGCAGGCCAAUGAAAACCUUCUCUGUAUCGUCAAGGAUCAGGAGAGAAAAACUGAAGACCUUCUACUGCAGAUUGGUUUAUUGGAAAGUUGCAAUGCAGAGAAAAUGAAGGAAGUGGAAAGAUGCAAGCAGGAGAAAGAGGGUCUUAUCCAAAUUGUAGAGGAUAAGGAAUGUUGCAUAAAGGAUCUACAGAAAGAAAUAGACAUCGCCUACUUGAAACAAGAAUCCACAGAAAACAGAUUAAAAGUUGCAAUUCAUGCUCAACAGGAAGCAGAGCAAACCCUCAAGCAGGAAAAAGAGAUUUUUUUGAAGAUUAAAGACGAGAAGGAACGUACUAUAGAGCACUUUCAGGAGCUAGCUACGACAUCAGAGCAAGAUUUGUUAGAUGCUCUCUCUUUUUCUUUCUCAAAACAAGUGGAAAAUUGGGUUGAGGUCAGUUUGCUUAGGGAUGCUUUGAAAAAUGCAGAAUAUCUGGCAAUGUUAGAAAUUGAAGAAAAGAACAGCCGAAUAGUGAAAUUAGAAGACGCAUUCUCCCAUUUAAAACAAGAAGCUGAGCAGCUUCGAGCAUCAAUGGAAGCCAGGAAGUUUGAAAAUGAAAAAUUGAUGGAUAAACAGCAGACCAUGGAAUGCGUAAUAGCAGAGCUCAAGCUUCAGAACGGAAAUUUGCUCCAAGAGAUCAUUAACUUAUCAAAAAAUGGGGAAGAUAUGUUGGCACAUUUUGAAGACAUCUUUGGCAAAAUUGGUGAGUUGUCUUGUUGGGAUACGCAAUUGGUGGAGAUGCUGGGGAAUGUGUUGAAUACUUCUGAAGAUGAAAAUGAAACAGCAAUGGGUUCAGUAGUUUGUGAUAAGUCACACGAGUCUGCUAGAGAUGGCACAAAUGGUCUUCAUAUUACUCCCACAACCAAGAAAACUGAAGAAAUUUUUGAUGGACGAUCGCCAUUGAGAGAGGUUAAUAGCCUGCAUAUGUAGACCAGAAGAAGAUUCUGUGAUCUUGCUGACAAAAAAGCCAAAAAGGUAUAGACAAGGCUCCAAACAUCUUCAUAUGGUAUUAGUAGCAUAUAAAAAGGAGCGGAAGAUAAAACGCGACAUCAGUCUGUAUUCUGUUAUUUAGUAAUUAGCAAUAUCUGUCUGUAUUCUGUUGUUUCAGAAAAUUGCCACACGUUUCUUCAUGAGUGGUCAGAACUAUUUAACAAUGUUGGCAACAUUCUUUCCGAUUCUUUGGCCAUACGGUCAAGAUUAUUUAAUUUAUUGUAUUCUUUGUUAA